AAUGCUAGGAGGCUACCCGACACCGGCGGCUGAACUCGAACGGGCUAGGCGCCAAGCAUUUGGCGGGGUUCUUUUCUUGGCGGCCAAGGUGGGGUGGUGGAAGCGGCCAGUUCGUUGAAAACACACGUCAAUCCAGAUUGCACGGGAACUUCGAGAGGCUAAAAUGCCACUCCGAGCGUCCCUUGCAGUCAAACAAAGGCCGACCGCACCGGCGACCCCUCAGAAUCUAGGGGCAUUGACGAGGUCUGUCGUCUCCGAACCGCAGUCAUGGCCGAGGAAGCGGGAAGCUCCCCGAGGCAGGGUCGGCCUUCCAUGAGCGCUGCGAUGCGGAGCAGUUCGUUUCUGAGGGAACAUCAGCAAUACCGCCCGCCACACAAACCCGAGAACCACUAUGGGAUCGAUACCGUGGUUGAAGAUCUCCAGGCGACCUCGGUGUCGCCGCGUGGGAUCUCUCAUUUUAAGGGCGUUCCCUCGCCCGAGAACCCCCCAAAGAUUGUCGAGAGCGGUUUGAGCCACGAGCUGUCGCACCCGAACUGCACGCCGCGACCCGGCGCCCACACCGACAGGCUCGUUGCAACCCUCUUCUACAGGUCGUCCGCGCCGAGGGUCUCGAACGUGAUUCCUUCGCCGAAGCAGGGCACUUCCCCCCAGGGGAGCCGUUCGCCCUCGCUUCGCGCCGCCGACUCCGACAUCCCCCCGACGAUGGCACCGAGCAGCAGUCUCGACACCUUCCCCCUCGAGCCGCCCGCGGCUGAGCCCGAACCGCUUGACCAUCUCUACGGCUCAUUCGUGUCACCCAUGUGCAUCGCCUCCUUCCUGCAUCUCAUGUCCACUUUCCCGCUCCCCGCCGGCUCAACCGACCUGACAUCAGCGCAUCGCUGCCUCAAACUUGACGCCAAGCAAGAUCACCACCCAGUAGUCGUCGAGUUGACGGUUUCGCCCGCGCCAUCCGUCGACUACCUCUCCUUAGCCGAUCUGCGCAAGCACGAGCUCAUCUACCGGUUCGAGCGCGAGUGGAACGUCGACGUGGCGCUGAGAGAUGACAGCCUCUGGCGUCGGUACCCCCGCCUGGUGGUAUUUGACAUGGACAGCACUCUCAUCACUCAGGAGGUCAUCGAUCUUUUGGCUGCUACCAUCAAGGACCCCCCCGACCUGGCGGCCCGCGUGGCAGAUAUCACUCAUCGAGCCAUGCUGGGCGAGCUCGAGUUCGACUCGGCCUUUCGCGAGCGGGUUAAGUUGCUGACGGGCUUGCCCGGGGAUAUUUUCCAUGAACUUCGCCCAGUCUUGGAGGUUACCAACGGAGUGCGCCCGCUACUCCGAGCACUCAAAAGGCUAGGCAUCAAGACUGCGGUUCUCUCAGGUGGUUUUUUGCCUCUCACGAGCUGGCUUGCGGGAGAGCUGGGCAUCGACUACGCUCACGCCAACGAAGUUGUCGUUGACGAGGUGACUGGACGGCUGACCGGCGAUGUGAAGGGCCGGAUUGUGGGCAAGGAGCGCAAGCGGGAGCUCCUGAUCGAGAUUGCCGAAAAGGAGGGUAUUCCCCUGGAGCAGGUGGUUGCCGUGGGCGACGGUGCCAAUGAUUUGCUCAUGAUGGAUGCCGCUGGCUUGGGCGUCGCGUGGAACGCGAAGCCCAGAGUGCAAAUGGAGGCUAGUGCGCGGCUCAAUGGCGAUAGCCUGUUGGAUUUGCUUUACCUUUUUGGAUUCACGGACGAGGAGAUCCAACAGCUUAUUGCUUGAGCGCUGAUGGGCGCACCGGCAGACAACAUCGGUCGCUGUUAUGCUCUCUCGCAGCUGGUGGUUUGAACUUAAUCUACUGGAUGGUCAUCACGAAUCCCACCGUAUCACGAGAAUGAAGCGCCCCUACGUUCACGACGGAGGAAUCUGUACAUGUUGGCUUACUAGAGCAGUUGCGAUGUUGGAGAUGCCCUGUGCAACG